AUGGCAGCCCAUUCGCCUCAGCUCAACCGCCGCAGGUCGGUAGACCAGCUCUUUGAGCUGGUGGAAGGUCUCGACGAGGCCCAGAUUCACACUCUUCUUGAAGACUUCAACAAUACCGUCUCGAGCAACAUUCCCGUCUCCCACGGCAUCGACUUUUUCGAGCAUCCCACGACGGGCGUGACCAAGACAAAGACCGCACCUGCGCGAUCAUCGUCGAUUCGAAAGUCGUUUAAGCAACUUCCUCGAUUGUUCACGCGCACGCCGAGCAAACGAACUGUCUCUGCACCGAUUGCGCGUCCGAAAACAGCGGCGCCGACGACGAAGCACUACAGACGGAUCAGUCGACCUGUACUACCGACGCUUUCGAGUGGACCAGACUUAGAUGCUCUGCUCUCGGCGUAUCUUGCGCCAGCUCCGCCGCCGUCGUCUUCGCACAAGACUAUUUCCCCAUCGCGAUCGAUAUCGAGUAAUUCUACAUUGAGCCUCGAGGCGGAGGAUUCGGGCGUUGAUUCACUGGCACCGCUUGUAUUCGGUCGACCGCAGCGAGAAGCGAGCCCAAUGGGCGAUAUUAUGGAAGUGCUCUCAUUCUAA